GCUUUUUUUCCAUCUCGUUGGCAAGUUGGAUUUCAUCAUCCAAAUAAAGAAAGAUGUCUUGCUAUCAUCAACAACGUAAGCAACUGUGCCUGCCUCCUCUUUACGCGAGGACGUGCUCUUCUCAAUGUGCGAAGCCUUGCCGCCCAAGUCAUCCUUGCCAGUCUGUGAAGGAGUGCCAGCCAUGCGAUCCCGAGUGUGCAGAACCCCACCACCCGUGUCUUCCUCGCCAGUGUGUGGAGCUCCGCCAACCAUACACUUCUAAGUGGGUGGAGUCCUGUUCCUCAUAUCCUCAUGAUUGGGUGAAGGUUGACUGCCCAUAUGCUCCUAAGUUUGUGGAGUCUUGCCACUCAUGGUCUCCUCAUCAGUGUGUGGAGCCCUGCAACCCAUGUGCUCUCAAGUGUGUGGAGCCCGGUGAGCCCUGUGCACCCAAGUGUAUGGAGCCCGGUGAGCCCUGUGUACCCAAGUGUGUGGAGCCCGGUGAGCCCUGUGCACCCAAGUGUGUGGAGCCCUGUGAGCCAUGUGCACCCAAGUGUGUGGAGCCCUGCAACCCAUGUGCACCCAACUUUGUGGAGUCCUGCAACCCAUGUGCUCCCAAGUAUGUGGAGCCUUGGCAGUCAUGCGCAACCAAGCGUGUGGAAUCCUGCAACCCAUGUGCUCCCAAGUGUGUAGAGCCUUGGCAGUCAUUCACAACCCAGCGUGUGGAAUCUUGCAACCCAUGUGCACCCAACUUUGUGGAGUCCUGCAACCCAUGUGCACCCAAGUGUGUGGAGCCUUGGCAGUCAUGCGCAACCAAGCGUGUGGAAUCCUGCAACCCAUGUGCACCCAACUUUGUGGAGUCCUGCAACCCAUGUGCUCCCAAGUGUGUGGAGCCUUGGCAGUCAUGCGCAACCCAGCGUGUGGAAUCCUGCAACCCAUGUGCCCCCAACUUUGUGGAGUCCUGCAACCCAUGUGCUCCCAAGUGUGUGGAGCCUUGGCAGUCAUCCGCAACCAAGCGUGUGGAAUCCUGCAACCCAUGUGCUCCCAAGUGUGAGGAGCCCUGCCAACCAUGUGCACCUAAGUGUGAGGAGCCCUGCCAGUCAAGUGCAAUCAAAUGUGUGGAGCCGUGCUACCCAUUUGCAACCAAGUGUGUGAAGCCUCGCCUGCCACGUGCUCCCAAGUGUGAGGAGCUCUGCAACCCGUGUGCUCCAAAGUGUGAAAAGCCCUACCAGCCACGUGCUCCCAAGCGUGUGGAGUCCUGCCAACCAUGGGCUCCCACAUGUAUGGAGCCCUACCAGCCCUGGGCCCUCAAGUGUGUGGAGCCCUGCCAAAACGUGCACUCACGUAUGUGGAGCCCUGCCCCUCGUGUACCUCAAAGUUUGUGGAGCCCUGCAACCCGUGUGCUCCAAAGUAUGUGGAGCCCUGCGACCCGUGUGCUCCCAGGGGUGAGGAGUUCUGCCAUCCCUGUGCUCCCAAAUGUGUGGAUCCCUACCAGCCAUGUGCACCCACGUUUGAGGAGUCGUCCCAACCAUGGGCUCCCAAGUGUGAGGAGCCUUGCCACCCAUGUCUUCUCACCACUGUGUGGAGGUUUUCCAGCCCCGGUGUCCCUAGCCCUGUGACCCAGUCUGUGCUCCACCUUAUGCUUUAGCUUGCUCACCAUGUACUCCAGCCUGUGCAGCUGUAACGAUCAACCCGUUUGAUCCUGCCAUGUCUUUUGUCCCCUGCCUGGGAUGUGGGGACCUGUCUCUUCUCAUUCCCCUUCCCUGCUGUGCUUCUCAGGCCUUAUCAGCUUUCCUGCUUUGCUUCUCAGGCCUUAUCAGCUCAUUCGACAUACGCUGUUGUAGCAAGUGGUGUGGAAUAUAGGUUGUAUUGAUUCUGGUGGCGGAGGGGAGGUGGUUUGUUCUUCUCAGGAUAAUUGGACUGGAGGGAUGCCAUCCUUCCUUGGGAAUGUCAAAAAUAUCCCCUGCUAACAUUUUAGAGUCAAGGUUUUAUUUCUAUUGGCAAUGCGAUAUAAUGAGCAUACCUACCCCAGAUCGACUCAGGAGUACAUCUAUGGAGAUUACUCCCAGGACAGUGUUGGUGUGAGAUCAGCCUUGAUUUCCAUUGGUUUGUGCAAAAUUCUGUUAAUGCUUUCAAACAUGCUUUCUCUGCGUGGUUGUUGUUUUCUCAGGGAGCACGUCACAAAAAGUUUCAAUAAGUUCAGCCACCUGGACGUGCCCAGCAAAAAUAUGAGAUGUAGGCCAUGGAUGGAGUUUGUAAAGUAAGAAGGGGAAAAAAGGGGGGGAAAUGUUGUUUUUUUUUAAUUUAAAGUUCUUUUAAACAAACAAACACAUUUUCAAUUUUGUGCGCCGAUUUUCCACAGAAUAGUUUUCAAACUUGCUUCUAGGAUUUGUCUACUCAAACGUAUUUCGGCUCUUCUGCAAAGCUCAGUACUGAUGUUUGGUGAUUAUUCUGAGCAAGGCAGGAUUCACAAAUUGUUUAUGUACCAUUAUUAUUAUUUAGUAACAACAACAACAACAACAUUUAAUUUGUGUGACAUUUAACCUGACCAUCACUUCCUCUUGGUUAGAUCUGUGUGUUUCCCUUCCAUUUUUCUCUGGGGAAAGUGGGUGAUGUUUGUUAUUCCACCAUCAAAUCAUGGUGCGGGGUCUGCAAGCCAACGCACCAGCCAACAGUGGUCUGGAAACCAUUGAGAAGAUGGUAGAAUAAUGGGCUGACUCCACUUGGCAAGGAGAAGCGGCACUCAACAUUCCAGCGGGCAUGAAUGUACCAGCGAAAUGACAAACCACAUCAACACUGUUCAUUCCAUCUCAAAAGAUGCUGUUACUCCUGGUCCCGAGAUCCACUUUAGUAUGCUACCAAUCAUAAAUGUCCUGGAACAGAUUCCAUUUGUACCCAGAUUUCCUGUUUAGUGCUUUCAGUUUUCUUCAUUAAAACUUUCGCUUCAUAUCA